CACAACAACCUCACUCGCUUCUUCCACCCCCGACGUCCGCAGGGUCAUUAUCCCCAGAUGGAUGUCUCGCUAAAGGACCCUUUUUGGGGCCCGCAAACAUCCUACUUGAACUUUUGUGAAGAGGACUAUGUCGUCACUCGCUAUGUGGCUGAAUUCAUCAACACCUGCAGCAGUCUCAUCUACAUUCUCUAUGGAAUCUACGGCUUGAGCCAGCUGCGAUCCAAGCCCACUGCAUCCUUCGCCCGGGCGGUCCCCUGGUUCGGUCUGAUGGGCGUGGGGAUCUGCUCGGCCGGGUACCAUAUGACCCUGAAAUACCACACGCAGAUGUCGGACGAGCUCUCGAUGCAUCUGCUGACCACGCCCCUCGUGUAUCGGGUUCUCACCUUCCAGGUGAGCCCGCAGUGGCGGCGCCUCAUCGGCAUCGCGCUCGCCCUUGAGUUCACCACCGUCAUGGUCGUCCACAUGAUCAUGGACGAGUUCCUGCUCCACGCCGUGACCUUCGGGGCAGGGGCGUUGCUCAUCGCGCGGCGAACCAUGCAGAUCAUCUCGCAACAAAUCCCCAAUCCCGCCAUCAAGCAGAAGACCCGUAACAUCGGGCGGUUCGGGAUUUUCUGUUUCCUCUUCGGCUAUUUCGCCUGGCUGGUCGAUGUGUGGGCGUGCAACCACUUGACCCGCGUCAGGGAGCUGGUUGGCGCUCCGGUCGCAUUUUUCUUUGAGCUGCAUGGAUGGUGGCACUUCUUCACGGCUAUCGGGGCCUAUGUUGCGGUCGCGGUGGUCGAUAUGAUCACCUCGGGCGAGGUGCACACCGACCCCUCGCCCCAGCUCGCCUGGCCGGUCUCGCUUGCCGCCCGGCUCAUGGGGCCUGAUGCAGCGCAGCCGAAGAAACAACGUUAGGGGUCCUGUUUCUCUAACCAGUCAAGACGCGCGCGGGCGAGGAGCUCUAUGCUAUCCUGGUGUAUACCUUAGACGAUCGAGUCAGUCUGGGAUGGCGGGCGCUUUCCCGGCGACAUGCGUCCAUGGCAGCGUUUUGCGUGGUGAAGGCGGCGUUAAAAGAUGAGUCUCAGGACAUGAGCGGAGGAUCUCCGUCUAGAGGGGAGGGGGGGCUCCUGUGCGGCUAGUGCACUCACUAGCUUCAGUGCCAAUAAACAGACGUCAGCCCGGUAGAUUAUAGAAUCUUGAAGCCUGGUGAUCAAUUUGUCAAUUGUGUCAAUUACUGUAUGCAAUCCUCGAGGAGCAGAUAGAGAUAUAUUUCGAGCGAAGAUGCGAGGGCUGAUUGUUGAAAUCGAUGCCAC